AUGGCUUCGGCUUUGAUAUAUUCUGUCUUAUUAUGUUUUUUGAUACUCAAUCAAAAAGGAUUAGGAUUUAAUGCUGAACGUGAACUAUAUGAUGAUUCAAGUGAUAGUUUCGAUGAUGAAGAACGAGAAAUAAUUGAACGAGCCGGAAGCAAUACGAAUCACUUCAAUUCUGGUUAUACUAAAGAUAAUUUUAAUGUUUAUUAUAUGGGUCAGAAAAUUGAUGGAGCAAGUACUAUGUCGUUUCAAAUUUUAACAUAUGGUUAUGCUAAAGACAACUGGAGUGUUUAUUAUAUCGGCAGAAAAAUUCCUGGUGCCAGUGUAAUGUCAUUUCAGGUUCUUUCUGGUGGAUAUGCUAAAGAUAAUUGGAGUGUUUAUUAUAUGGGCAGAAAAAUGGAAGGUGUAUCACCAAAUUCAUUUUCUGUCAAUCAUCUCAGACGAGAAUUAAAUUAUUAA